GUGUAGGGAUUUGUACAAUGCUUGAACAUGGCUAUUGGACUUGACAUUGGUGUCUUUCUUUAUUCCUUUAUCCAACAUAUCAUACUGAAACAUGGUAUCAGAAGUGUCUUGAAAACCACACGCUUGUUAUUUUUGUAGCUAAGUACAGUAUAAGCGCAGUUACGUUCCAUAUGCAAACACACGCCGUUUCCUACUCCUAUUCACAACACUGAUCAACUCGUUAUGUUAGCUGGCAUCACUACCUACCUCGAAGGCAAAUAAAUCUCCUAUUCCAUCGCUAUGGCAGCGAACAUUCCGCCACCAAAUCCCAUGGUUCUCACAGGGGACUGGAAUACUAAUUGGGACAACUUCAGGGAUGAAUUCGAGGACUAGGCGCUGGCAACACGUCUACAUGAGAAACCCAACGAGGUACAAGCGGCAACCCUGAGGAGUGUAAUGGGCAGCGAAUGCAGGCAUAUCUAUUGGCACAAUCUCACCCUCACGACACGACAACAGUGUGAUGCAAAGGCUAUAUUGGAUGCAUUGGAUGCAUUACUUCAAACCCGCCAGGAAUGUCAUUUACGAGUGGUUCUUUUUCGGAAGCUGCAAACAGGAAGAGGGUGAGUCCGUACACAACUUUGUAACCUGUUUUGAGAGAAAUCCGCUACUUGUGAUUACGGGGGAUUGAAAGAUGAAUUGAUUCGUGACAAAAUAGUACUGGGAAUUUCAAAUGAGGAUACAUGCCAGCGUCUACUAAGAGAGAGAGGCUUAACAUUAGUAAUUUCCAUUGAAAUCUGCCGCACUGCUGAAGUCACUGACAUGAGAAUGAAAGCAAUGGAAAUCGAAACCCCACGCACUGACGUUGAUACUGUUCAUGCUGUUGCCAGGCAGACAUUCACACAAAACCAAUCGAGGCAGAGUAAUUCACCACGAACAGUGAACACAGAGAGCUCCAUAGCAUGUAAAUACUGUGGGAAUACACACGCACGAGGCAAAGAGCACUGCCCUGCCUACGUAAAACCAUGCAGCGCUUGUGGAACUAAUAAUCACUUUGCAAAAGUGUGUCUCAAAAGCAAAAGAAGGGUGAGUGAGGGCAAAAUUCACUGUGUUGAUGUCACUCAAUGUUCAGAGCAGAACAGUGAAAGUGACAUGCAUGAAUCCAUAUACCAGGUAUACCAACGCAAGGGCAUUGAACCCAUCUCCGAUGAUGUCCUGAUCGUAGGCUGUUGUGACAGACGAAGAAGCAGAACGCAACCACGAUGUGAAGCUCCUGGCACUGAUGGAGCGCUGCUGAUCAGUUAAGCUUCGUCUUGGCCUGAAGAAGCUGCAGUUCAAGGUGAAAGACGUCCACUUCCAUGGCCACAAUCUCUCGGCCAAAGGCCUGAAGCUGGACCCAGACAAAGUCAGAGCAAUCCACGACAUACCAAACCUGUCUGAUGCAAAAGGAGUACAGCCUCUCAUCAGUUUUGCAAACUAUCUUGCGAAGUUCAUGCCACACCUAUCAGCAGUCUGAGCCUCUGCGCCGGUUGCUGGACAAAGACACAUCAUGGCACAGGCUACCCAAACACGGGGCCUCAGUAAAGGAGAUGAAAUCUCUGGCUUCAUCCAUGCCAGUGUUGCGCUACUACGAAGUCACGAAGCCUGUCACAAUCCAGAGUGACUCCAGCCAAAGGGGACUUGGAUGAUGCCUUAUGAAGGAAGGCCAGCCUGUUGUUUGACUCGAGAGCGCUCACCCCCACCGAACAAAACUAUGCACAAGUUGAGAAAAAGUGCCUCAGCAUCGUCUUCUCCUGCCAGCGCUUCCAUCACUACUUAUAUGGUCGAGAGCUGGUCACCGCUGAAACUGACCACAAACCACUCAUUGCCAUAUUCAGUAAACCUCUCAACGCGCCCAAGAGGCUUCAAAGCAUGCUCCUGACUCUGCAAAACUACAGCCUGAUGGCCAUCUACAAGCCAGGACCAGAGAUGUACAUCAGCGACACACUGAGCAGGGCAACAGCACAAUGUACAGGCAGAGGCACUGCCUAUCAGCGGCACUGCCUAUCAGCGGCAUGCCAUCUGUUCGCUACAGCAGGAACAACAAGAUGUUCAACAGAUCAAUCAGGCAGACUACUUAAGCGUCACAGAUCACCGCCUAGCCCAGAUCAGGCAACACACCGAGAAGGACGAACACCUACAGUCACUGAAGUCCAUGGCUCUCACAGGUUGGCCGUACCUGAAAGAGGAGGCACCUUUCACAGUGAGAGAAUACUGGACCUUUCAAGAUGAGAUCAGUGUGCAAAAAUGGUGUCUUGUUCAGAGGUCAGAAGGUCAUUAUUCCCAAAUCACUACAUCCAGAGAUGCUUACCCACAUACACUCCAGUCACAUUGGAGGUGACGCAUGCUACCGCCAGGCUCGUGAAACAUUAUACCACAUGCAACGAGUACCCUCACGAGUACCCUCAACAGCAAAAGGAAACCAUGAUGUGGCACAAACUGCCCACAAGGGCCUGGCAAAUCAUCAGCAUGGACUUAUUCAGCCACAGACAAAAGGACUAUCUUCUCAUUGUUGAUCAUGUGGCAGACCAGGGGUUUUGGUCAAGAUGUUUACCCAGAUCAGACACGGACAGAGAAGGAUUAGCUCAGUUUCAAGUGUGUUUAUUUAAAUAAUAAAUCAAAAAGAAAAGGAUAGGUCUCCCCCAUGAGACCCUCUACAGGAUACCGUCUUCUGGGUUCCGGGUCUGGCUGUAUCCUGUCGGGCACAAAACUGAACUCCCUCUUGUUACCUCUGCAACCGUCAACAAUAACACGGGAGUCCUUUCUUCCCCCCCACUCUCCCUGUGUGCUAACAUUCUGGUAGCUUUAUGGGCCUUGCACAGCUGGUGAGCAAUCCGCCCUUGAUUACUCCCAAUCAGCCCCAAUUAGUCCUGGCUGGAGAGACCGUCGAGAUCUGGCAUGUCCAGCAGAUGGAGCCAUCGCCUCGUGAUGUAUACUCCAUCUGUUACCAGACCUCGACAAGUCUCCCCCUGGUGGCUGACCUACUGUACGCCACAAUCACUACUCUUGACUUUUGGAAAAUUUAACUGAUCCCUGACUUGUCUGCAGAGACGGUCAUAAAGCGCUGCAAGGCAUAGUUUGCAAGGCAAGGUCAGCCUGACAAGGUCAUCACGGACAAUGGCCCACAAUUCACUGCACAGUUCAAGCGUUACGCCACAGAAUGGGAGUUUGACCACGUGACCUCCUCAAGACACUCAAGAUUGUAAAAAAAACUGUUAAGCAGGGCCUUGCAUGACAGCAACAACUCAUGGAAAGCGAUCUUACAGUGGAGGAACACACCCACCAAAAACAUGGACAGCAGCCCAGCACAACACCUUCUGUCCAGACGUCUGAAGACUACCAUCCCCGUAGCUAACAAGCUACUUGAGCCCCGCAUCAUGGUUGGAGCAACAGACAACUGCGUCACAGAAAGCAGCUCGCUAAGUGCUUCUACGACCGGACUGUGCGAGACCUACCAGAGCUGGAGGUGGGUGAAACCUCUGCCGGGAGACCACACAGGACUUGAGGCUGGGCACGUGCUUACAGAGAGUUGCACCAUGUUCUUACCUGGUGGAUCUUGGUGGCUCCCUCUAUCGUCGUAGUCGGGUGGAUCUGCGCGUAGCAGAGCAGACAAACCAGAACACACCAUACACUCACCUAGAUGAGCUGGAUCACAGUCCAGGCCUAAGGGCACAGAAUUGAGACAUGCGCCAACUGAAGGUGAGGCUUCUACACCACCAAGCUCGUGGCCCUAAUCCUACCCCUGUCAGAACACAUACUUACUCAUGGGUGGGUCGGCUGUGCAAGCCACCAGACAGGCUUACUCUGUAAGCAAGAGACUGUGUUAACUUGUUGUAACGCUCGUCUGGUGAAGAAUGAGUGGACCAAAGCGCAGCGUGGGACACUUGACCUCCACCCCUGCUGUGAUGCCCACCAGACCAUCCGGUGAGGCUCCCAGGAUCCCAGACUCCGUGACCCAAAGCCAUGACUCCUGCACAUCCAUCCCUGUAGACAUUUUGAAUGCCUUAAUGUCCUCCUUUCCGUUUUAUGUGCCCCACUUUAUAGACAACACCCCAUCCAACGACUGAACACCUUGAAAUGCAUUUGUUGUAAGAAAUGUGCUAUAUAAAUACGUUGGAUUUGAUUGAUGACAUUACAGCUGUAGAAUAUGAGGACAAGUACAGUUUUCCCAUAAACUUUUAAUAAAGAACUUGGGAUUUUAUGACAUAUCAAUCAUAUAUUGGGAAGGAUCCCAUAAAUCAAGACUGCGAAUGCAUGUACCAGUCCGAAUAAAUAUAUACUGUGCCUUUGAAGAUUUGUCUUUGGUUAUAAAACUACAAUACAGGCUGGAUGUCUAAACAAAGUCGAUUUUGAAUGUCAAUGGAUUUUUAGAUUCAUUCUACAACUGAGUUAUCACUCAUCAAAUUCUGGUAUCCGGGGUGAUCUGUUUAAUGACUAUAUCAUUGAUUAAUUGGCUCUUUCCUUGUAGAAUAUUGACAGCUGUAUAGAAUACAUUGUAUUGCUAUGAUGCUCGAACUUAACGUAAUAGCUACACUCACUGACACAGGAUAAACUUUAUCUCUCAUGCUGGCCCACACCAAACCUGUAAGUUGCCUUUUUCACUAUAGCUGCACUUCUCAACAUGGCAGAUUUACCCUUUUAAUGCUCUUAUGCUCAUUCUUGAAAAAUGCCAUAAGGUCUGAAAUAGACACCAAAGUCAACAUCCUGUACAAACAAUUAUUUAGGGUAAGUAAAACAAAAUGAUUUUUAAAAUAUUCUGCUAACUAGAGUGUAGUCAGUGGCUAGCUAGACAGAAAAAGGGGACAAAUUCAUGGCUUGUGCACAGAUCGCGCUGGUGAAGUGUAGCUGACAGUGUCUGCUAGAGAUGAGGUUCAGCAGCUUCCUGCAGGAAUGUGUAGUCUUGCUGAGGUCUUCACUGUUGCUAAUUUCCAGUUAGAAUAUGGAGAGUAAAUUGAGGCGAAUAUAUUGCGAACUCACCUUGUCUGAGCGAGAAUUACAUGGUCAAAACAAUCGGAACCAUUAUCGGGUUUUACCGCUAACGUUAGGUUGUAUGUGUAUUAUGAGGAAACCACAGUGCCUGACUAUUGCGCUUCGUGCAAUGAUGCGGAUGCGACGUGCCUAAACAAGAGAGGAGAGGAGAGAGGGUUUACUCCAUAUACAAAUUCUUAUUUUGGGGCGGAGGUCAAUGACAGCGGCAAAUUUGGUUAAGAAGAAAUGUAAUUGAUAAUAUUCUACAUGAUGCUUAUUUGAUCAAAUAUAAGUUUCGUAAUGGUUAGUUUGUUAAAAAUGCACUGAUAUAAAUGGACGCACGUGUCAUUUCGACAACUUUGAAAAAACUACUUUGUAUCGGAGUUGUACCAGUCUUCACACGCCUAUCUGCCCUCUCAUUGGCUAGAAUGGUCCCACCUGAUCUCGCCUGUCUUCCAUAUUUGAAUACAUAUAUUUCCAUUGUUAGAGAAGUCACUCGACCAUCUUGUCAAUAUAAUAGAUCAUCUUUGCCUAAAUCACUCACACGAGUUUCCUAGUUCAGAGUAGCAUUUGAACGCGACGUUAUCAUCUUCCUGCUGUAUACCUGUAUCACAUUAGUUGAAACCAAUACUGUUCUCAUGGCAGUUUAGGAUAAUUAACGUGACAGGUUAGGAUAAUUCAGUUAAGGUUAGGAAAAGGUGUAGGGUUAGCUAAAAUUGUCCCUGAUGUGACUCGAACACAUCUAACUACAACCAGGCCUGCCCUGAGAACAGUCUUGGUUUCCACUAACGCGAUGACGCGAAUACCGGACAUCUCAGCCUCAGGAACUACAUAAGAGCUGUUACCAAAAUUCUCAUUUACAUUUGCUCGCGUUUAGAUCUCUGUAAAAGUUAAUAGGUCUAUUUGACAAUUGACUACAGGGAUUUUUUGUUGUUGUCCUCUUUUGACAAAAUAAUUAAUAGGCCUAUCAAGAACAGGUAGGCUACCUCAGGUUGCAGUUACUUUGUUGUAGACUACUCUGAAGAGAAGUGUAUUAUCUUACCGAAAAAGCCACUGAAACACCAAAAUAUGGACUCACCAGCAAGCCCCUUCUCCCGUGCUGGGAGGACUUUCUGGACAGUUUGGAACUACUUUACGGAAGUUGUGGGGAGGUAUCUAAGCCCAGAGUCCACUAACAAUGACACAAGCUCAAGACAGGAAGCCACUGCUGCACAACAAACAGACAACCAUAGAGAUGGUGUGAAAAAUGAGUUAAAGGAAACUGAGGUCACAUUUGAAACAGGCUCUGGGGUUAAGAAACCAAGACCAGUCGUUGCCUGGGAACAGUGCAACGUCAUCAUUGGUCCAGGCCUCGACAGAGAAAAUGUGCAAUACACUGGACAAUCCAACAGAGGGAGUGAUAGCAAAGCAUCCCAGAAUGGGGAUGAUGUAAAACAAGAGCAGGUGGACCGAACAGAAAAUAAAGACACAAUCCAGCAUGUUACUAAAGAAGAAUUAAAUAUGGGGAAAGGGGUCCAAUCAGUGGUAGUCACUGGGAUCCAGAUCUUAUUCAGAGAGCCGACAUCUGAAAGUUCAAAGGGCCAGGGAUCACAAGGACACACUGACAGUUACUGUGCUGAAGAAAAUAGAUUAAGAGGUGCAGUGGCAGCAAGAGAAGAGGAGGAAGAAGAAAUCCCUGAAGAAGUUACUGAAGAAUUCCCCUGUGGUGAAGAAGGAACCAAAACAGAAGAACAUGAAAACAAUAGAGAUGGAGAAAUACAUUUUGAUAUAGAGUCCCCAAACCUUACAUCAGCCUGUGCUGAACCUGCCACACUUUUGGAUAAGAAUGGAGACACGGAAAAUAAGGACAGAUUAAUGAAACACAAUGUGCAAAGUACAGAGGAUGAAACCAUGGUAAGAUUAAAUGAAAAAGAGGGAGAGGAAGAAACGGCAGUACUCUUCAUGGAGACAGACAAAGAAGGGUGGAAAGUAGCAGAAAUAGUAGAAUUCUCAGCGGGAGGGGAGAAUAGCGAUGAUGAUCUGUGUGUAAUCAAAGACAAAAUGAGUCGAGAUGGUAAUGAAGUGAAGAAUGGCAUAGACAUGGAAGAACUUAGGAGGAAGGAGGAGAGAGAGGAAGAGAAUAGAGCAAUAGAAGAGAUGGACAGAAGAGAACAGGAAGAGAUAUUGGACAGGGGCUUUGGACCGAACAAUGAUUUCCAAGUCUCAGAAAACAAUAACAAACAUGAAUAUGGUGACAAUCGUUUGAAGGUUGAUGAAGGAACUAUAGAGAAGUUGGAUCAAGAAAAUGACCCCAACCCACGACUGCUUUGUGGAGUAUUAUCAGACGAAGAUAGAACAUUGGGAAGAGGCCAGGACAUCUUUGUUUCGGAGGCAGAGUUGGAAUUGCCAAUGGCCUAUGACAAAAGAGUCUUUGUGUCAAAUGAUGAGAUAACUAUUGUUAGAGACGAGCAGAGAAAGGAGGGCAACAUUGAAAGAAUUGACAGCACAGUGUUAGAAGAAAGAAAAGAUAGGGUAUCAGAGGAUGGAUCCAAAGUGUUUGAGGACAGGGGCAGUAACAAGAUAGAAGACGUAGCAAUCAGUAUUCGGACGAAGACUGAUACAGAGGCAGAGGAUGUGAAAGAUAAAGUGACUGGACUGGACACUUUCUUUUAUCAGGACAGAAAUGUUGUAGUGGAGAAAAAUAAACUACAGGAAGAGAAGCUCUCAGAAGAAGACGAAGACCCCCUUAAUGAAGUGGAGGGAAAACUUAUUUCAGUGGUUGACAAUAGAGUGGAAAUCAGAGGCGUGGCAAAAUACAUUUCCCCUGGGCUAUGUGAGGACCUUGUUGUGGCUCAGGAGCCAAAAUGUGUAGCGUGUGAAGAAACCCGAGAGGAAAUUCCUGAAAUCAACAAUGGCAAAGAGUUAGACGAGAAUACGGCACCGAAGAUCCUGGAAGUUGGCGACGAUGAAGUCAACACCACCCAUUUACAAGAAGCACACACCGAAAGUGAUACCAAAGAGUUAGAAGGUGUAGAGAUCACUGGAACUACUUUUAAAUCUGACAAUUCACCAGUGAGUGAACUCAUGGAAGGGAAAGAAGAUCCGAAAACCGUUGAAAGAUUAUUUGAAACUGAGGAUAUUGAGAAAGCCUCUGAGACAGUAGUAGACGAGCAAGCAGUCGCGAAAGCAGCGGAAUCACUGGGGGAAACGGAGAGAACAGAUUCUGUAUUACUGAAUGGAACAGAUACUCAAAUACUAGAGGACCUAGCGAAGACAAAGACUGAAUCACAUGAACCCAUGAAGAUUGAGUUAGGACUGUCAGAGGAAGCAGCAGAGACAUAUGUUUGUUUAUCAGAUGAGACGCUGAGAACAGAGGCUGGAGUAUACAAAGAGACAGAGGAGAUAAAGGCAGAGUUUAGAGAGGGAUGGAUGGAGUCGAAGGCAGGGGAGACAGUGGGGACAGAAUUUGAAUCAGUGGAGACACAGGUAGAAACACCAGAAGUGAGGACUGGGGUUGUGCCAUCAGAGGACAAAGAUGAGACAGAGUCUGGAUCAAUGCAGGAAUCAGCAGAUACCAGUGUUGGAUUACUAAGGGAAACUGUGGAGGAAGGGUUACAAAAGGUGGCAGAGGUAGACACACCAGAGGUGAGGACAGUGACCGUACUGUCAAUGGAGACAAACACAGAGGAAUUAGUGGAAUCUGAGGCUGGGGACAUGUUGGAAACAGAAUCUGGAUUAGUGAAAAAACAUGAGGCAGAAAUACCAGAUGCGAGAACUGAAACGGCAUCAUCAGAAAGAACUGUGACGACAGAGGCAGGAUUAUCAAGGAACAUGACAUUGUACCCAUCAUCAAUUCAUACAGAGGCUGUGUUUCUCACAGAGACAAAGGCUGUGUUAUCUAAUGAGUCACUGGAAACAGACAAUGGAUUAUCAGACAAAUCAUCUGAGGCUGGGACUAAAUUACAGGGAAUGGUGGAGGCUGGAUUACCAGAUUCGAGAGAAAUAGAGGCUGAAUUAUUUGAGGAAAUGGUUUGUGGAGAAGUUGUACUAUCACAGGACACAGAAGAUGACUUAUCAGAGGAAAAAUAUAAUGUAAAAGCUACAUUAAUGAAAGAAUUGGUGGAGCCAGGGCCUGGGGAAACAUUGGAGACUGAGAAGGGAAUCAUGAAUGAGACAGACGCAGCAAUACUUGAUAUGAAGAUUGAGGAAUCGCCAUCAGAGGAAACAGAGUCUGGAAUAGUUGACACAGAGGCCAGAAUUCUUCUGGAAACAACAGCGAUUGGGUCUGAAUUAUUGGAGGAAUUAUCUGAGACUGAGUCUGGAUCACAGAAGGACAAAGAGACAAAAAGACAGAGGAUUGAGACAGAGCCAUCGGUGGAGAGAGACGUAGAGGAUUUAGUGGAAUCUGAGGCUGGGGAUAUGGUGGAGACAGAAGUUGGAUUAGUGAAAAAACAUGAGGCAGAAAUACCAGAUGCGAGAACUGAAACGGCAUCAUCAGAAAGAACUGUGACGACAGAGGCAGGAUUAUCAAGGAACAUGACAUUGUACCCAUCAUCAAUUCAUACAGAGGCUGUGUUUCUCACAGAGACAAAGGCUGUGUUAUCUAAUGAGUCACUGGAAACAGACAAUGGAUUAUCAGACAAAUCAUCUGAGGCUGGGACUAAAUUACAGGGAAUGGUGGAGGCUGGAUUACCAGAUUCGAGAGAAAUAGAGGCUGAAUUAUUUGAGGAAAUGGUUUGUGGAGAAGUUGUACUAUCACAGGACACAGAAGAUGAAUUAUCAGAGGAAAAAUAUAAUAUAAAAGCUACAUUAAUGAAAGAAUUGGUGGAGCCAGGGCCUGGGGAAACAUUGGAGACUGAGAAGGGAAUCAUUAAUGAGACAGACGCAGCAAUACUUGAUAUGAAGAUUGAGGAAUCGCCAUCAGAGGAAACAGAGUCUGGAAUAGUUGACACAGAGGCCAGAAUUUUUCUGGAAACAACAGCGAUUGGGUCUGAAUUAUUGGAGGAAUUAUCUGAGACUGAGUCUGGAUCACAGAAGGACAAAGAGACAAAAAGACAGAGGAUUGAGACAGAGCCAUCGGUGGAGAGAGAUGUAGAGGAAUUAGCGGAAUCUGGGGAUACGGUGGAGACAGAAGUUGGAUUAGUGAGGACAGUAGCUGAUUCAUCAGAGGACACAGAUGAGACAGAGGCCAGAUUUUCAGAGGAGAUAGAGAGUGAUUUAGUAGAGACCAAGUAUGGGUUACAGAAGAACACAGAAGAAGACAUACUACAUGUGAGAACAGAGACUGUGCCGUCGGUGGAAACAGUAGAGAUGGAUACUGACUCAUCAGACAAAUCACUGGAGUCCAGAUCACUUGAAAUAUCUGAGGCUGGAUUAUCUGAAGAAUCAGUGGACAGUGAGGCUGUAUUAAAGGAUAUUUACACAGAAAUACCAGAUGUGGAGAAAGAGUCUGGAUUAUCAGAAGAGACCGUAGAUGCUGGAUUAUCAGAGAAAACAGACGUGUCAGACACAGAAUUAGUGAAAAAUACAAAGGCUCUAAUAAUGCAAGAGGCUGAACUUUCAGACGCGACAGAGGCUGUGUUAAAAGAGAAGGCUGAAGACAACACGCCAAACGAAUCACUGGAAAUUGAGGUAGGAUUAUUUUGGGAAGCCGAUGAGACCGAGGCUUUGGUAACAGAGGAAGUUAUGAAGACAGGGCCUGUUUUGUCGAAGCAGACAGAUUUUGGAUCACAGGGUCAAUUACUGGAGAUCGAAGAUAGAAUAAUAGAGAAAUCACAGGUUGGGUGGUCUGAGGAAACUGUGGAAACAGAGGCAGGAUUACCAGAGGAAAACAGAGGGGAGGGUGCAAAAGCUGGAUUCCGUUCCCCAUCAGGAACCAAAAAUGUAGACCAAAGUCUUCAGCUUCAGUUUGACGCCUCCACUUUGGACUUCACUGCUCAAAAGUCUCGCAUUGCCCUCAAGAAUCCACAUGUCCGUCCACCCAGGGAUCCCCGUACUCUUCUACAGAUGCCAUCUUUGACCCCCUCCCCUUCAAAACCCACCGUACUCGUUCCAGUCAGAGGCCCAACAGGGAUACCAAUGAGGGGCAUGGGCGGCAUCGGAAUCAAACUGCCUGGAUUCGGUGCAGGGCCCCCCAUCUUAAGAAAGACCGGAAUGGGUGUGAGAGGUGAAAAUAACACCGAAAAUAUCCCUCAGUCAUCUAUUCAACAGAAAUCUGAGCUGGAGCAAGAUGUAAGGGAUGAAUCUCCCAAGAAAGAAGAGACGCAAAACAAGCAAGAAGAGCGCAAAACAAAAUGGACACCGCCUAGACAUCCAGGAUUUGGAAAUCCCCUGAUGAUGAAUGAGCUGAAGAACAAGCUGAAGAAGACGACAAAAGAGAGCGGAGAUGAUUGACAGGACCUUUUUUCUCAUUGGUGAACCAUGGUCCAUGAACAAUGGGCUUUAAUUUAUCAUAAGUAUCUCCAUUUUAUUUUAAACUAUCUUUGUCUAUUUCUUUUGAAUAUCUUUGUAUGAAAUUUUUCAAAUAAAUAAUAUAUUUUUGUUUUGGACAGUGUUUACUUGUUCCAGAGGGUUUUUAAAAAUGGUGUGAUAAAAAAAAGUUGACUGCUCAAGGCAUUAAAUUGAUUCAAGAAGACUAUUUGUGACAUUUGUUUAUUUCUUCAUCAGUGGGUUUGUUUCAGCAAAAAUACUUCUCUUAUGCAUUAUUUCCGUACUAAUUAUUUCUAUUGCUACUGUAGUUACCUACAGGGAAACCAGCAAUAGCGUCUUGAUAUUUGGGCUAGCCUAUAAUUGCCUAUACUGAUUGGUCUUAUAAAGCAUUUAUAUAAACCUUAAGAUUCAUUAUUGUUAAAAAGUUUAUAUUUUUGGAGGGCUUGCCUGUUUGCUUGUUAUUUUGGCAUUAAUAUGUGUCAUAUCAGUUUGCAAACAAUGUAAAAAAGUGUUUUUUAAAUGUCAUUGAGUUAAUAAAGCUGCAUACAAA